ACUGAAAAAUCAUUUUAGUUGAUUUUGUUGUGUACAAAAAAAUAGUUGAUUAAAUAAUUUGCCACAUUAUAGGAAAUUUGCGGUAGUUCUUAAUUAGCUUCUAGUGUUAAACGUAUGAUAAUUCGAAGUAAAAUACAGUGCAGCUCCCUUUGCGGAAUAUAAGCGAAUUUAAAGAAUUAGAGUUAUACUCACCACUUUGAAAAACCUAACGAGUUUCAAUCUGCUGAAAUUUAUUAAAUCCAACAACUUGAAAAUACUUACAUAAAUGUCUCAGGCUGCCGAAACAAUGGAAAAGCUUACACCCGGAAAGCCACCAGUACCAAUUUGUCGCCGCAGUACUAGCAAUAGUCCCAAUUCUUCCGCUCUGCAAUUGCCGAGCCCUAUUAUAACAAGACGCACUAGAACUGCCUCAACUUCUGCUCGUGCUUUGGAAAAUCCGAUUGUUACCGGUAUUGUGAAAUCCUUUAGUCGUACUAAAGGCCAUGGUUUCAUAACUCCAACUGCCGGCGGCGAGGAUCUAUUUUGCCACAUAUCCGACAUCGAGGGCGAGUAUGUUCCGAUGCCAGGAGAUGAGGUCAAGUACCGCCUCUGCGCUAUACCACCCAAAAAUGAAAAAUUUCAGGCUGUGCAUGUUAAGAUCAUUAAUUUUUCGCCAGAGGUCCAUCGUAGAUGGGAAGAUUCUUACUAACGUAGAAGAUCAAAGUACCAACGAAAAAACUACGACAAACCGUCACAAAUGCCUGCCGCGUUAUAAAAUGAAACAAAACAAUACAUAAUAGCACAAAAGUGAAAAAGCCUCAUUUUGUCGGCACUAUUAGUAUUACAAUAGGGUCAGAGAGUUUUUUUUUAUUAUUCUUAAAAAACAAAAAAAAUGAAAAAGAAAUUUAAGGAACAAGCAACGCUAAACAUAAAAAAAGUUAAAAUAGGUGUAAAGAUUUAAUGCUUACAAAUUGAAUUGGAUACAAAUACAUAUUUAAAUAUAUGCGCAAUCAAGCCUGCAAAUCAUUAAAUUAACAGAAUAGGGCGUCCUAUAGCCGAUGAUAACAUGCAGUGAACCAACAUAAAAGUAAUGUUCUGCACAAUUUUGGCCAAGGUGUACAAUAUAUAUAGCGUUUAGAUUAAAAAUUUUCGGGACAAUAUAUGUACACAACGCCUGCAUUGUACACAAAAUUCAAAACCUGUUUGAUAUCAACAAAGAGUUCUUGAUUGUUCCGCUAACAUAUGCACGAUACAGUAACAGCGCGAUCAGG